AUGGGAGUUAAGAGAAAGCAACACACACCACACACACCCCCGGACAAGGGCGGCGGGCGGCUGUGGGCCUCCCUGGGGAGGUGGCUGCUGCUUCCCCCCGGCUGGGCGCUGCUGGGGACGGGGACGGGGACGGGGCUGUGCCUGAGGUGGCGGCACCAUCCCGCCCCGCCGCUGCGGGCCGCCCGGCAGAGUAUCGGGACGCAAAGCGGGGGUGGGCUGAAAGCUGAAAAAGCUGGCGAUAAUAGCAAACAUGUGGCCGUGCAAAGGGGUCGGAAAGAAGAAACGCUGCUGUCGGCUGCUCAGAAAGUGAAAGAAGCUGGAAGAGACUUUACCUACUUUAUUGUGGUGCUUGUUGGAAUUGGUGUUACAGGUGGUUUGUUCUAUGUGAUUUUUAAAGAGCUAUUCUCUUCUUCUAGUCCAAGUAAGAUCUAUGGAAAUGCCUUGGAGAAAUGCAGAUCUCACCCUGAGAUAAUUGGUGUUUUUGGUGAAUCUAUUAAAGGUUACGGGGAGGCAACAAGAAGAGGAAGACGACAGUUUGUCAGUCACGUUGAAUACGUAAAGGAUGGACUGAAACAUAUGCGUUUGAAGUUCUAUAUUGAAGGCUCUGAAUCAGGGAAGCGGGGAACAGUCCAUGUGGAAGUCAGAGAGAAUCCUGAGACAGGAAGAUUUGAGGUCCGCUACAUAUUUGUGGACGUUGACACCUAUCCUAGAAGAACCAUUGUCAUAGAAGACAACAGAUAG